ACAAGGGGUGAGUGUCAGCAGGGUUCCAGCGGUGCCUUGCCGCCCGGUAAGGGGAGGUAUGUCUCCAUAACAGUGCACUCCGUAUUUGUGAGGAGUGCAGGGAGAACAUCGAACCCUCCAGAGGUCACCUCGGCACAAGCAAGGUCACCGCUCCAGAUCCAGCCGCCAUUUUCUCUAUCUCACCUCCAAGGGCAAAAACAGUGUAUCACCAUGGGUAGUGCACGGGACAUGCUGAGUGAUGACCUGGUGGAGGAGUUCCAGAUGGCGUUCGACAUGUUUGACCAGAAGGGGGAGGGCGAGAUCAGCGUGCAGAACCUGGGGACCAUCCUGAAACAGAUCGGGCUGAACCCGAGCCGUAAGGAGCUAGAGGAAAUCAUGGCGGAGGCUGACGAGGACGGAAGCGGCACGAUGGAUUUUGACGAGUUCCUGGAGCUGAUGGCGAAACAGAUGCAUCAGGACCAGUACACAUGAUAAGAUAUAACCUGUACAUCAGGAC